AUGUCAGAGGACAUGGAAGCCAACAACUGGGGCUACACACAUAUCAGGGUUGAGGAAUUCUGCUACGUGUGGACCAUUAGCAACUUUUCACUUUGCAUGGAGGGAAUUAGUAGAAGGAUUACAAGCCCAGUCUUCUCAUUAGAGGCCAAUGAUGAAGUGACAUGGUGUUUGAGACUACACCCAAAAGGGGUUGAUGAAGUAAGUGAAUAUUACCUGUCAGUUUUCCUGGAGCUGCUCAGCUGUCCAGAGAGCCCAGUUUGGGCAAAGUACGAGUUCUGGAUCACAACUUCCCAAGGAGAGAAAUAUCAAUGUAUGAAGAGCAUCAAUGUCGAAAGGUUUCAAAAAAACCAAUACAGAGGAUUCAAAAAGUUCAUCCUUGGAGAUUUUCUCCUCUCUUAUCAACGUCGGUUUCUCCCUGAAAACAAGCUCACCCUCUGCUGCAAGGUGAGCAUAGUAGGAACCAUCUUUGGCAUGCCUGGAGAGAAC